AUUGUCUCAUUGUCUCUUGUGACAGAGGCUCUUUGUGGGUCUGGGGUUGUUUAAGGACGAGACACUGAGGCUUUCUUCUUCUGCUGUCAGAUAAAUACAUUGUGUGUGUGACACACACACACUUAUUUACCCCCGCUCUCUUCUCUGUCCUCAGAUGUGAAGAUGAAGUUCUCUCUCGCCCUGCUGCUCUGCGCCGCCGUCCUCUCAGUCGGCGCAGCUAUCCGCUGCUACAGCUGUAAGGACUACAGCGGCAGCUGCUCCAAGCAGAGAGACUGCAGCUACGACGACGCAUGUCUCACCCUCAGUGAGAGGGGAGGGAUGACUUUCCGUCAGUGCCUGAAGUACACAGACUGCGAGUACAGCCGGCUGUCUCAGAUGUUUCCACAGGUGUCGAGUUUCACCUUUAAGUGCUGUAACUCGGACCUGUGUAACUCCGCCCCCUCGGCUGCAGCGAGCUCUGUGAUUGGUCUGCUGGCCUCAGCUGGCGUCCUCUGGUGGUGCGUUCACUGAUCGGCGCGCCCUGUGGCUGAAACACGACACAGCAGUUUCUCUAACAUUGAUAUUUCUUGUAAAGACGUGAUGUUUAUGCUUUUU